UUUGUAAGAAGGGGUGGAAAGGAUUGGACUGCGCUACCAUGGAUAAAGAUGCACUACAAUGCUUGCCAGAUUGUUCUGGUCAUGGAACUUUCGAUGUCGACACGCACACUUGCACGUGUCACGCUCGCUGGUCGGGUGACGACUGCUCUAAAGAAGUGUGCGAUCUAGAUUGUGGCCCUCACGGCAGAUGCGUUGGAGAAUCAUGCGUUUGCGAUCCUGGAUGGACUGGUGAAUACUGUACAUCUAAGCUGUGCGAUGCCAGCUGCAGCGACCACUGA